AUGCGCUUGGCCCGCAAAAAAAUCCUGGUGGACAAAGCGGUGCACCUGCUACAAUACCGCGGUCCACUGCAGUUGUCACCUGCUAGGCCCGCUCAAGCCUGCAGGACCUGCUCGACCCUGCUCCUGGUGAGCGCCGCCGCUCACGAGGGCAACUCGCAGCGCCGCCCCCACGGCGCAUCUCGCAGCGCCGCCGUGUCUGCUGCUCCGCCCGUCUCACACAGCGAAGAAUCACAAAGCGUUGAUUCGCCGUCCGCAGACGUCGUCGGCGAUUCGACCGCCAGGGCGAGCGCUGCCAGUAGGCCGCAUCUGGCGAGCACCACCAGCAGGCCGCAUCUGGCGAGCCCGCGCCUCGCCGCUGCCGGCAACACUCCGACCGGCGUGCCUCUUUCUGCUCCUCCGGAAGCCAGAGCCUGUUUAGGCAGCUCAUCUAUGGCCAACUCUUCAGCAACAAAGCGUAAGAGGCCUUCAGAAGUGAGACCAAAAAAAAAACAAUCUGCUACGAAGCGUUUCAAGCCUCCAAUGGUGGGCAGCAAGCAACUAAGAUCUCCUGUGGUGACAAGGUCACCUGUGGUUACAAGGUCGCCAAUGAUGAGAUUGCUAGUAUCUCCUGUGGUUAUUGGGGUAAGGGGGUCUCCGACAUUGACUGCUACAUCUCCUAGCACAAAAGGGGGGUCGAUAUCUCCUGCCACAUCGUCAUCACCACACAUAGAAGAAGAAACAUAUGCAGCAGAUCCAAUACAUGAUGAAGCACCAAGUAAGGUACGCAAGCUUAGAUCUUCUAUCUGGAAAGAUAUGGAUCCUAUCUAUGAAGGUGGAAAAGUUGUAAAAAGCCGCUGCAAGCAUUGCUAUGAGGUAUUUUCUGCUGCACGUAACUCUGGGACUAGUCAUAUGCAUAGACAUGUGAGUGUGUGUGAGGAGAGGCUUAAGAUGGUUCAAGUGUUAGAUAAACUACAAUCCUCGGUUUUGCCAACAGAGUCAGCUGUUCUAACCAGUAACCAACUGAAAUUUGAUCGCUACAUCACUCGUUGUGAACUUGUUAGGCUGAUAGUACUUCAUGAGCUUCCUUUUUCGUUUGUUGAAUAUGAUGGAUUUCGUACAUAUUCAGCUAGCCUUAACCCACUUGCCGAGAAAGUUUCUAGGACAACAAUUACAGAUAAUUGCUUAGAAGCAUACAAAAACCAAAGGAAGAUAUUGAGAGACAUUUGGGGGUAGCCAAUGUAGAUUCUCAUUAACAGCAGAUAUUUGGACAUCUAAUCAGAAGAAAGGAUAUAUUUGUAUUACAUGCCAUUAUAUUGAUACUGAAUGGAAGAUUCACAAGAAGAUAAUCAGAUUUUGUGUGACAGAAACACUGC